AUGGGAAAGCUUAAGGGAAAAGGCAGUAAAAACAGCAAACGCGGUAGGUCCAAACUGGAAUCAGCUCUUACGCGGUAUCAAGUCGUAUCAGAAAACAAGAAACACACUGAUUCGAGGGUACACGAGCAAGACAUCUUGAGGUCUAAGAGGGCCGGAAAACAAAAAGGCCAUAAGCUUAUAUCUUCUGACAAUUUUCAGAAGCCAUUUAUACCGUUCAAAUCUCACGAAAAUGUACUUCUGGUUGGAGAAGGUGAUUUUUCAUUUGCCUUGAGUAUAAUCAAUUCCAAUUAUGUUAUGCCAUCUCAUCUAUGGGCAACAAGCUUAGAUUCUGAAGACGAAAUAAUUUCCAAAUACCCUCAUGCAGUACAGACACUUCAGCAGUUGAGAGGGAAAGGUGUCAAACUGGUAUUUGAGGUUGAUGGGACUCGUUUAUGUGAGUCGUUGAAGUUGAGCUCAAAUACAAAGAAAUAUUCAAGGAGAAACAUAAGUAUUUUGGAAACUGACCAUAUAGACCUUAUAAUGUUCAACUUCCCGCAUACAGGUAAAGGGAUCAAGGAUGUUGAGAGGAAUAUUAUAGUACACCAACGUCUACUGGAGGAUUUUUUCAAAAGCUGUCUUUCAUUUUUCGACCUUCUAGAAUGCUCCCGUGACGCCGUCAAAGAGAGUUCGACCGUCGAUGCUAUUUCCGGUUAUAAAGUCACGAGUUUUGAUUUAUCGGAAUCAGCUAAGGAAUCAACCGGAAAGGGUAGAAUCGCCCUUUCGCUUUUUGAGGGUGAACCUUACGAUUCUUGGAUUCCCCGGAAGAUAGCCAGGAAGUCAAUCAAUUACAAGGUAGAACGCUCAGGAAAGUUUCAGUGGGAAGCAUUUGAAGGAUAUCAUCAUCGGAGAACGAAUAGCAUGAGGGACACAACCAAAAUUGCAAAUUCACGAGACGCUCGUCUGUAUGUCUUUGAAUCUAAUAAAGAGCAAGGAGCCGAUGCCAGCAAUGAAUUGAACAGGGAAUGA